AUUUCACCAAAUACUCCCCUCUCAAUAUCCCCAGUGCCCUUACACCCUACACAAAACCACAACCAGCAUGGCUCUGCGCUCCGAAACAAUCCAAGCCCUGCGGCGGUUCGCCUCCUGCGACAUUGGCGACGCCCUCGUCAAACUCGGCGUCCCAAACGGCGGCUACCUCUCAGGCCUCAAGAUGUUCUCCCCGGGACUCAUGUGCACCAAAACCAAGAUCUUCGGCCCCGCCUACACCGUGCGCAUGGUGCGCGACUCGGAUAAAGCCUCCCCAACCCCGCCCAAGCACUUCGCCGACGCCAUCCCCAAGGGCAGCGUGGUGUUCGUCUCCCAGCCGAAGGGGCUGGUCAGCGCCUGCUGGGGCGGGCUGAUGAGCACGCGGGCGCAGAAGCUGGGCGCCGCGGGCGUGGUGAUCGACGGGCGGUUCCGCGACGUGGCCGAGCACCGGGAGCUCGGCGUGGGGUUGUUCGCCCGCGACGUGAGCAUCCUCGGGUCGGCGAGUUUCACGCGCUCGUCCGAGCUGAAUGUCCCCGUCACGUAUGCGGAGGGGACCGCCGGGGAGAGUGUGGUCAUUCAGCCCGGGGACUACAUUGUCGGGGAUGCGGAUGGAGUGGUUGCGGUGCCGGUGGGGAAGAUCGAGAAGUGUGUGGAGUUGUGUCAGGAGCGGUUUGAGAUUGAUGAGGAGACGAGGCGGUGUUUGGAGCAAGGGGAGGAGAUGGGGGCGACGAUUAGGCGGUUGCGGAAGUGAGUUUGGCGGGUGGAUGUGGUGGUGCCUGUAGUCGGGUCACGGGUGCUGGGUGGAAUCACUAUCUUGGUUCUUUUUGGGUAGUGUACAGACCGGAUAUCAUGUAUGUUCUGAAUAAAUUUGGUUUGCUGGUGCACCUAGGUUGAGAUGUGGUUGGCGUCCUCUGGCAUUUAGUCGGAUAGAUCCGUCGGCUGCGCAAGGACGGGAAUAUAUACUCACGGCACCGAUGAACAGUGCAUUUCCACAACAACAACAGCCCAAAACCACCACUUGGUCUCGUCCUACUAUGCUAUGCAUAUUCGAGAGUGUCAGAGAUAGUCUUUAGUCCCUGAUCGCCCGAAAUAAUGCAGAAAGCC